AUGGAGUCUCAGUAUCUGAAGAAAUGCGUGGGAAGUUGCUUGAAAAAGGGACUCGCGGAGGUUGUAGAGCAUCGGCCAGCUGAUCCAAUACAGUAUCUGGCACAUUGGAUCUACAAUUAUAGAAGAAUCUUAGUUGAAGAAAAGCAGAGAAUGUUGGAGAGGACUGAGCUGGAGCAAGAACGGGAGGCAGCCCUGAUAGAACUCAAAAACUUAAGAAAAAUGAAGGAAGAAGAGAUAAUGAUCCAACAGAAACUUGAAGAACAACAUCAGGAAAAUGAAAAGACGAUAGCUGAACUUACAGAUAGACCUGGAGCGCCUGAUUUGACCAGAGUUGAGGAGCUAGAUGAGGAGGAACGGUUUGAGGACCAAACCUGGGUCUGCUUCCUUGAGAAGAUCUAGAGUUGCUGGUCUGUUUCCUGACUGUGAAUUUUGUGAUGAG